AUGUCAUUUCAACCGUUGGAUUUUGUCAUUCAGCCUCCUGCUGCUUCUCACCGUUCAACUCUGCCUUGUCAGCCCAUACCACCCUAUCAGCAGGCUGACUGGGUGUCAGAGGUGCAGCAGACUGGCCACAUCGCACCUGCCUCGACCACUUCAACGCCUACUCCUCUUGAAGCACUCCCUCAACCCAUCCACAAGAUGCCCCGUCGCAAAGGUCAGUCAUCAGCCAAUCGAGGAGGCAAGCGCAAGGCUGGUCCCAAGGCGCGCUCACGGCCCGCGCCAAAGCUCACCAUUCGAGUCCCUGCGCUUCCUACGCUCCCAGUGGCUAAAACCUCUCAUCCACCGCCUGCAUCCACCUCCACCACCGACACGACCACGACGCCCGACGUCGCCACGCCCAGUAGCUCAAUCACCCAGCCCCCAUCCCGAAGCAAGAAAUCCAAGCAUCCGAUCGAGUAUGACAUUCCUAGCGUCCCGCUCCAACUUAAGAACACGCGAGGAUCUCUCUUACCUGCUCCACCAGGAUCCAAGCUCGAAGUGAACGAACUGUUGAUUCUCCACCCACCUCAACUGGGACCCGAUUCCAACGCGAUCCCCAUCAACCAGUACACUGCCGCCGCGUCUGCCGGAACGAUCACUCGGAUCGAAGGGAAUCCAGGAGACAAGUACAAAAGCAGAUUCGAAAUGUACACGUGUCGACUGUGUUCCAAGACGUAUGACGGGAAGAACGCUCGAAGUGUUGCGAGACGCCAUCUCCAAGACAAACAUGGGGUACCACUGGCCUUGCAAAAGAGACGGAGCAGGUGGGACUAUGGUGAUUUGAUCAAGCCGGAACGUCCCAAGACGGCUGAAGCCAAAGUCAAAUUGCUCGUGUCGAAGCGUCAAUGGGCGAUUAAGAGUCGCAACCAGACACGUCUCGAACGCACCUUUGCGACCUUUCUGGUUCAGUUCGGGCCCAACGGACUGCUCACACCGUGUGGUCUUCGACUCAUCGCUCCAGGUAUGAGAGGUCAUCUGUCCCCUGCCAUCAGGUGCAAGCUCUACCCGGAUGGCAAUCUCGGCUGGAAUCAGAUGCCAUCGGAUCUCGUGCAAGGUAUCAUGGCUCUUCGAGAAUCAGAAGGAAGGAUUGACAAGUAUGAAGAUGAGAUCGAAGCUGCUCGAGAGGAAGAUCGAAACAAGGGUAUUCAAUCAGCGUCCAAUCGGAAAGUCGGAUCGUCACGUCAAUCUGCACGAUCCCAUCCUCAACCAUCGUUCCACCCUCCAGCUUAUCGUCAAGGCUACGCGUCCUUCUUUGGACCUGGUGAAGAAGGCGAACCUGAGCUUGACAUGGAUCUCCAUGAUCCCUGGUACGCUGCUGCCACACACGUCGAUGAAGAUGCUCUCCAAGCCGCCAUUGCUCAGCAUUACGACGCAAUCGAUCCGUCUGUGUCGAAUGACUUCCAUCAGUCUCAGCACCCGACAUCGAGCAUGAUCCAUGGAUAUCCCGAAUUCAAAUUCGCCGAUCAGUCCCAAAUAGGUCAAUGGGGUUACGCCGAUGAAGACGAUGCAAUCGACUCGGAGUUAGAAGAGUCAGACGAGGAGGACGAAAUGUCGGACCAAGCUCCGUUGGCUCCAGCUCCGCCGAACGAGCCAUUCUGGCCGCCACCUGGUCCGCCCUCUGAUCUCUACUACCCUCCUCAAUUGCCGUAUCUGCCGUACAGCUUCACUUCUGCCACUCUGGCGCAACUGGAUUUCGUCCACGGUCAGGUAUAUCCGCCUCAUCAGCAUGCUCAAUUCGGUCAAUUCGGCCAACAGCAUCAGCAGGCUCAACACGCUCAGCUUGCUGCGACUCGAUUGGAGUACCACCCGUCUCAGCGGCGUCUGGUGGAAGAAGAGGUGGAAAAUCCUGUCAUGGAGAGUCCUGACACAUCGAUGGAAAUCGAGCAGGAUAUCAGCCACAUCCAGGCGCCAGUCGAAGAGGUCGCCGCUGAAUCACUUCUCGACCUUCAGUCGACUCCCGCCAAGACUGAUCCAGACUAUAUUCCGAGCUCCAUCCUUCGACACGUCUCCAACGACACGCCUCAAGGACCUUCGCCUCUGAAACACUCCCUAACGGAUCCUGCGAUCCUUCAGUCCCUGCAACCUCGAAAGGGCCCCCACCGAUCAGAGUCUGAUACCAAACUUGUCUUCACUUCCACUCUCCUUCAACCUCGUCUGCUUGAUGCGCCGGAGAUCAAGGAGAUGCCUAAUCGCCCUCGACCUCUUCGUGCCAUGUCCCUCAUCUCUAAGCCGGACCUGGGGCACACGUCUCGAUCCUUGUCAUUCACCUCGGAUAACCUCGACGACGACCCUUUCGCUAUGCCAUCUAUGCACGCUCCAUCCAAGAAGCGCCGAUCGACCAUCGCUUCGCCGAGUCUCAGUAUCAAGAAGAAGAGGGAGGAAGGGUCUACGUUGUCGAGGUCGAAUUCAACCCAUAGCCUUCUUCGGGAGGGUACGGCCGAAUCCAGCGAAGGAUCUGAAGAGUCCAACAACUGCCUAGCGGGUAUCGAAGGAGCGAGCGCCGAACCAUCAGGUCAUCAUGAUCACCUCAACCUCGACACGAUCGGAUCCCCCCCAUCACGGGGCCCCCUCACCAGCCUAAAUCGCAACUUUGCGACGUGCAUCACGCCCGCUCGAUCGCUCAGAUCUCCUGUCCGACCUGGAUCUCUCAAAGCUCCAGUAUCCAUUUCUCGCGUUCAAUGGCUAUUCAGCUCACCGGGAAAUGGCGAGACAGCCGCGACUUUGGGUCUGGUCCCGAAUUGGCUUGGGGGCGGAGGAGGAUUCGGCACGCCAGGAUUAAAUGGAUUGGUCAGUGCUGAGACGCCCGUAGAGAAGGUGCGAUCGAGGGCUAGGGUCGAAGAGCUCGAUGCUGUGGUCGAAUGA